AUGGAUGGAGAUACAGAGUGCAGCAAAGUUGAAGAUGUUGUGGGCUGCCACGUUGAAGAUGCCAUAACGUUUUGGGCACAGGGUAUCAGUAGAUGUAAUGACCUCUUGAAAUUAAGUUGUGUGCUGGCAGAAGCUUGUCCUCGGGCUAAUGCAAUUUUUGGCAAGCCUGAUUUUAGCAAGAUUUAUGGUGGGUGUUUUUCUGAAGACAGAUGUUGGUACAGAUGUAUGGUACAGCAAGUGAUCAACAAUGAAAAGUGUCAGGUAUUAUACAUUGACUAUGGAAAUUCAGAGGUUCUAAAUAGAUCAGAAAUAGUUGAAAUUCCAGCAAACUUACAAUGUCCAAGCGUUGCCAAGAAGUACAGGCUCUGGGGACUGCGGAUACCAGCUGAUCAGAACUUAAACAUGUUUGACCAGGGGAAGAAGUUCUUGGGCAGCCUAGUUUUUGAAAAAGAAAUAAAAGUACGAGAGAAGGUCAAGCAGAAGGAUGGUAUCAUUAUUGUCCAGGCAGAAUGUGAGAAAAUAGACAUUGGAGAAGAAGUGGCCAAGGCAGGGUUUGCUGAAAAAUGCAGAUCUCUAGGAAAUGCUGAAGAUGAGGAACGGAGAGAAGUAGAUGUUAUGCAAAACCAACAUCAGAAGAUAAAAGUUCCAGUUCCCCUGUGGGUGAACAGGCCUGGUCGUGCCCUGAGCAGCCGUCCAGGUGGGCUCUUUGACCCAAUGUCUGCCAGCACAAGGAGUGAGAGCAUUGCUGGGAACCGUAUGUUUGCCACAAAGGAAAAAAUGCUAGCUUCAGCCCCAGUGCUUAACAGAAGUUUGGCACAAGUAAGACCAGAUCAGAAGCUGGCUGAAGAGAUUGAAAAGCUUCAAGGGGAGAAAGAAGCUCUCAGAAAGGAGAACAUAAAUCUCUUGAGGAGGCAGAAGGAACUAGAGCUGCAAGUUGAGCAGCUGAAAGGUGAACUUCAGGUAUGUGGAAUUGCAAAGAAGAAGGAAGCAUCCAGGCAAACUGCUGAACGUUUUGAGGAAACCUUCCGUAAUUACAUUGGAACAAAAAUGAGAAGUUUGGCUGCUAAUGUGAAAGUGUUGAAAGAAAUUAGGCACGCAAAAAAGAAUGCUGGUUUUGGGGAGCAGCUUUCACAAGCCAUAAAAGUGGUUACAGAAGGAUGUCUCACCGUUCCGUGUUCCUUGGAAAAAUUGCAGGAGCUUUGGACAGAGUAUGACUUGGCUCAAGAGAUGAUUCAAUUAUGCCAAAACGUGGAUGAAAGAGCUGAAUUGAUUAUCAAGAGAAAUGAGGUGCAGCAGAAGUUGUAUUCUGCAGUUAAUGAAUUUAUUUCAGAAGUGGAUCAGCUGUUCCUCUCUGAGCACUCAAGAAUGUUGCAGGAAUUGUCUGUUUCUCUGGAGAUGGUGUAUGGUCAAGUUUGUGAAGUGAAUGACUCUGAGGAAGUGUUUCAACAGUUCUUUAAAUGGAAGUGUGCUGAAACGGAGGAGUUUGUUCACAUCAGAAACGAUACAGAUGCUGCUUUGCAAAUUCUCAUUGACUUGUUCAGUGGUAUCUUAAAGUGUUUUGACCUGUCAUCAGAAGCAUCUUCAGAUUUAGAGGAAGUGGCUGUCAAUGUGGAUGACGUUCUCAAAGAGGCCGAGUUGAAUAUUUGCAAAGAACUGAAGACUGACUUAACAGAGCAUGGUGAGGCAGAGAAGAGAAUAAUUACGAGUGCAUACAGUAAAGUUGUGCAUAAAGUACGUCAAGAGCAGAAUCUGAUCACUGUCAUACAGAACAGAUACUUGGCCAGUGUUGAGUUCAAAAAACAAGCUGAGGAAUGGCUGAAUAAAAGUCCUAAUAUUGACAACUUAUUAUCAAUUAAAAAAACUGUGAAAAGCUUGAAGGCCCAUUUAAGAUGGAAACUGGCUGAAAAGAACAACCUUGAGGAAUCUGAUGAUUGCAGUGAGCUUGAAAUGACAAGAAUAAAAGAGGAAAUUGCUGCUCUGCGAAAUGGGGUUCUUCAGGAAAUAUACAAGGAACGUGAAGAAUAUGAGAAACUUUCCUUCUUGGUACAGAAGUGGUUCCCUGAGUUGCCCCUUCUUUAUCCAGAAGCAGGAAUUUUAAGCUAUAUGAAUUCAGGUGGACUUCUGUCGCACAGCCUGGAGCGAGACCUUUUAGAUGCUGAGCCCAUGAAGGAGCUGAGCACAAAGCGGCCAUUAGUGUGUUCGGAAAUUCAGGAUCAGAAGGUUCUUCUAAAGGGAUACUCUGUAGAUGUGAGCUCAGAAGGCAAAGUGAUUGAAAGAGUUGCCAAGUAUCACAGGGCCUGGAAUCAACAAAAGGAGAAAUCUGGCUUAUUACAACUGUUGUUUCUUCUUUUCUGCAAGUCUGAUCCUCUGGUGUAUUUAAUGGUCCCAUACUACCCAGGGGCAAGUCUGCGAGCUUUACAGGCUGAUACACCUCUGACCUUACAAGAGGCAUUAAAAGUGAUGAAAGGAGUUGCCCAAGGCCUGCAAACGUUGCAUGGAGCUAAUAUAGUACAUGGAUCUCUGCAUGGAAACAACAUUUUUGCUGUGAAUCGGAAACAAGGAAUUGUUGGAGACUUUGAUUUCACUAAACCAGAGGAACAACGUGCUGUUGCAAGCACAAUGGUUGUUGGUUCCCUGAGCUUAGUUUCUCCUGAACUGAAGAUGGGACAGCCAGCUUCUCCAGCCUCUGACAUGUAUGCUUACGGCUGCCUUCUGUUCUGGCUUUGCAUUCAAAACCAGGAAUUUGGCAUAAAAGAAGAUGGAACACCUGGCGUGGAUGUGGUUGGCAUGGAUGAUAAAGUUAAAUCUCUUCUUCGGAAUUUGUUCUGCUGUAACAGACUGACAGCUGAGCAGGUGCUGGCAGAUGAUUGCUUCCUCUUAGUUGAUGUGAGUCCAGAUUCAUCACAACCAGGUGAAGAGCACGUGCCGCACAAGGAGCAUGAUUCUGAGAAGAUGGAUGAAAAGGAAGAUGCAAUUAAAAUUAACUCUGAGGAGAAUGGGAUAGACCCUACUCCAGUAGAUAAGGAACUUGUUCAUGAUGUGUUUGAUUGA